AUGAACUACAAACAACCAAGACAUCUGAAAAGAACAGAUCCGGAGCUCGGAGAGAUAGGACUAAUCGAGAAAGAUGUAGUACCUAGAGGAAAUUGGCCGUACGGCAAAGUAGUGGAGGUCAUGAUCUCUGCGGAUGGCUUAAUAAGACCAGCAAAAAUCCUUAUGCCAAAUCAUCGGAUCAUCCAACGUCCGCUCAAUAAAUUUUUUCCUUUAGAAAUACGAAGCUCCGCAAAAGUCCGGAACAGCGACAAUACAACCUGUGAGGCACCUCCCUCAACAAGCAACAAAAGACAGAUCUUGACCCGCGCAUCAAAAACGCGAGCAUAUGAUGUCAUGAAGGAAUUCGAAGAAGAAUUGGAUAACACACAGAGCUCUAUUUCCAUAAGCUUAAAUGUUGUGAUAUUAUCAUUCCUUGUUAAUGUUACGAUAUUAUCAUUCCUUUGCCUGAUAUCCCCAAGCCUAGCUACAAAAACACUAACACCAAAUGUCUUAUGGAACAAAGGUGUGGUCAGAAUAAUACCACUAGGCCAGCCUUUCGAACUUUGCUUCAUCAACAAUGAAUGCAAGAUUUUCUCAGAUCACAAGAAUCUGAGUUUUCCUCUUCUAAUUUCUCCAACCAAUGACAAGGUUAAGGUCCGUUUGCGUAGUUUACAAUAUAACAGCACUCAAGAGCAAUCAAUAACGUGCGAGAGACCUGAGUUUUGUGACCAUCAUUAUCUCCUCACAAAAAGUCUCUUAGGAAAUCCACACUGUUGGCCAGCUGGCGCCAUAACUACUGUGGCAGUGAUGGUCUACUUGAUAACGAUAAUGUCAAUCAUCCUUAUUUGUGCUACAUCCCAGCUAGCGAGAAAAGCCAAACGUGCGAUGGUUAGUAGGCGAGAGUGUAGUCAACCAACUUGUUCAGCUAUUCCAGCGAACACUUUCGAACUAGCUCCUCUUCCUGGUUCAUCAGCAGUUAUAAUUUGCGCCGUAAUUUGCGCAGUAAUUACAAGUGCACAGGGAUGCCAGCAUGGUUACAUGCGACACAACGCAGAUCUAAUCUGCAAUGGAAAAACUCGGUGCCAUUACGAAUACAACAGAGAGUUGUACUUCAACAAGUUACAGUCAGUGCUAUGCAUUGAAAUUUUCCACGGAAAUAAGACAGUGGGCACAGCCAAAUUUGUCAAAAAAAAAACAGUGGAAUUCAAAUGUGCCAAAGCCACCGAGAGCUUUACAAGAAUGACAAGAACGCAUGUCUAUCAUAUAAAGCGAUGUGCUCAAGCUGGCUCUUGUACUACACAAAUGUGCGAGACCAUCAGUGCGAACGAGACAAUCCCAGACUUGAAAUCGGCAGCAAAAUAUCCAGGAUACUCUGGAUGUUUCAGUAGCUGCGGGGGACUGCUGUGCGGGUGUUUCAUGCCACAAGCAGCUUGCACCUUUUAUAGAGUUGCACAAAUACCUAUAACCAAACGGGUGUACGAAGUGACCAGAUGUCCUCACUGGAGUCCCGAAAUUAAGUUGGAAAUAGAAGUGAACCUUUUCAACAAGACACGAUUAUUCACCCAAUCGUUUUCCCCGUAUGCGCUGGUAAAAACGGACGUAUUUAACGUCACUGUGAUUUCAAUGCAGAAACCCGCAAGUACCAUCGCAAACAACGAUUUGCGAUAUCGAAAGGCGCUUCAUUUGCCCUUCCGGAACACUUUCGCGUAG